AGCAUCUGUUAUCUGUCUAGUGUCUUUGACCCAGAGGACAGCGAGAGUGUGAGAGAUCUGAAGAAGCAGCUGAGAGACAAGGAGAUGAAGCUGACGGACAUCAGACUCGAUGCGCUGACGUCGGCCCACCAGCUGGACCAGCUGAGGGAGCAGGUCGGCAAGAUGAGGGAUGAGAUGAUGAACUUGAAGCAUGAGAACAACAAGCUGCAGAAGGCAAUGUCUAGCGGCGGUGGUUCCAUCGCAGGCUCACAGAUGUCGCUCAACAACCGACACAGCUUCGACUCCGUCGACCACCGACUCAGCCUCUCUGACAUAUCCGCAACGGGCAGCGGAGAAUUGUCUAUAGGAGAUGGUGCCGAGAAGGAGGGAAGGCGGAUAUCGGUGUCAGUGUCCAUAGGUGGGCACACGGACUCAAGCAAGUGGGCGCAUGUAAGUGCGGACAAACAAGCAGACAUUCUGAUUGGAUCCAUCUUCGUUAGCGGCAAGACCAAGUGGGAACUGCUCGACAAUAUAGUGAGGCGGAUAUUCAAGAAAAAUUGAUUUGACCACAUCAUACCUGAUCCCGUCUCUAACCUGGGUCUGAGCGCGGACGCGGUGCACAGCUACAGCAUCGGCGACGUCGUGCGAUGCCAGGACGCCGACGCCGCCCCCGACCUGCUGCCCUGCGGCUACCUGGUCGGAGACAACAUGCAGAUCAAGCUGAGCAUCAGGGGUGCGCAGCAGCACUGUGUGGAUGCUCUUGCCUACGAGACGCUCAUCCCGAAGUCGAUCGUGCAGCGCUACACGUCUCUGCUGCUUGAGCAUCGCCGCAUCAUCCUGUGUGGCCCCAGCGGCACAGGCAAGAGCUACCUGGGCCAGCGGCUGGCUGAGUACCUCGUGCUACGGUCGGGUAAGGAGUCAUCGCCUGGAGCCAUCGCGACAUUCAACGUCGACCACAAGUCGAACAAAGAGCUGCGCGGAUACCUCGCGAACAUAGCCGAGCAGUGUGAGGGCGCCGCCGCUGCCGACCUACCGACGGUGAUCAUUCUCGACAACCUGCACCACGUCAGCUCGCUGGGCGAGCUGUACGGAAGGCGUGUGAUCUGGGAAGACCCUACAGAGUGGGUGCUGGAGACCUACCCGUGGACCAACCUCAGACAGGAGCCCGACUGGCCGAGCCUGCUGAGGCUCAGACCGGAGGAUGUAGGACACGAGGGCCAGAUACAGGCGGUGGGAGCCAGCAAGCCAGCGACCAACAACUCCAUGGCCGCAGACGUGGUGGAUAGUGAUCCUCUGCUUAACAUGCUGAUGAGACUGCAGGAGGCAGCCAACUACUCGAGUCCACAGAGUCAGGACAGCGACAACGUCAGCUUGGACAGCCACAGCAGCGGCAUGCAUAGGAGAGAGACCAUCAUGACCGCGUCUCGAAUGCGACGCGUAAAGAACGAUACUUCACCGGUGAUGAUUUCGUACCUUGAUUGCUCCAACAACCCAUGUGGCAGGCGAUUUUGA